AUGAACUCAGAUGAGCUUUUGGCGCGCCAGCUCCAAGAGGAAGAGGAGAGACUGAUGAUGAUGAUGAGCGAGAGAAGGAGGAUUCAGACGACGACGACGACGACGACGGAACAAAAUCAUCAUCAUCAUCAUCAUCAACAACAACAACAACAACAACAACAACAACAAAUGUUUCUGAGUCGAUUGCAGUCUGGCUUAGAAACGAUUACAAAGUACGAAGACGAGAUGGCGCGAGCGUGCGCUUUAUCCGUCGUCCCCGUGGAAGAGUUGGAAAAGAGGGUAAAGGAAGGAAAAGAACCGAAAUGCCAGGGGUUAUCGUUCAAAGACGCGUUUAUCGUCGAGCUUUUAAAGUGGUUUAAGCACGAGUAUUUCAGUUGGUGCGAUAAACCAAACUGUAGUCGCGAGACGUGUUCAUUCUCCGUACAAGAAGAAGUGGGAAGAAAAACAACGGUAAGAACAAACCCGGCAAACAUGCAAUGCGUUGACACGGUCGCCCCGAGCGAAGAAGAGCGAGUGUUUGGCACUUCUAGGGUCGAACUUUACGCCUGCUCCGGGUGCGGUUGUCAAACGCGUUUCCCGAGAUACAACGAUGCGGUGAAACUGUUGGAAACGAGAACAGGGCGUUGCGGCGAGUUUGCAAACACAUUUUCGCUCAUUUGUCGCGCGCUAGAUUACGAGACGAGAUACAUUUUGGACUGGACGGAUCACGUCUGGACGGAAAUUUGGAGCCCUUCUCAAAAUAGGUGGAUCCAUUGCGACUCGUGCGAGGCGGCGUUUGAUGAACCGAGAUUAUACAGCGAAGGAUGGGGGAAGAGUUUGUCAUUCGUCGUCGCGUUUUCGAUUGACGGUGUCGCAGAUGUCUCGAAGAGAUAUCAAAAGAUGGACGACGAGAUGGUAGGGAGAAGGCGCGCUAUUGUUCAGGACGAUGAGUUCGUGUCCAAAGCAAUCGCGAGGUGCACGGAAGUGCUUCAAACGCGCAUAGACGUCGCGAGACGAGAGAUCGUGAGAAAGAGAAACGAAGACGAACGAGAAGAACUAAAAGUACUCGACAUGGGCGAGGAAGAAAAGAAAAACUUGCCAGGAAGAACUACCGGAUCCUUGGAAUGGAGGAGAGCGCGCGGAGAGUUAGGGGAUAAUAAAUAG